CAACUGCAAUAUUGCAUUUCCCCUUCCGCUGGAGAAAGUCGAAAGAUUCAAAUAUUUCAAAUCUUUGUCAUGUAAAAGAAUAUUAGUCUCGCCAAAUUAUAAAACAUGACUUUGAAGAGAAGAAUAGAUAUUAAUUGAUUGGUAGUCAUCUAAAUUUUAAACAAUCAGAAAACAUUGAUGUCUUCUCCAAUUUGAUGGUUAAAUUUUUAAAUUAUCUCUAUGUACUCAAUUUUAAUGAGAGCAAAUUCCUGUGAGUCAUUGCGUUGUUUGUAAAUAUUAACUUAAGUUUUGUAGAUAAAAAUAUAUUAGUUUUGUUGGUUUAUAAUAGAUAUCCAGCACAUUAUAUUACUAUUGUUCAUAUUUCAUGGUAAUAAUUAAGUUCGCAGUUAUUUUGAGAGAAUGACUCAAAUAUCAGCUAAUGACAGAAGUAAUCUGGUAUUUGAAAUUAUUUCUGCCAGAAUACAUGAUGAGGACAAAAAAUAUGUAGUUUAUAAUCUACAAGUAAGACACAUAUCUGGGUUUGAUGAUUUGAGUCCUUCAUUGAUCGAAAGAAGGUAUACUCACUUUCUUAGCUUGUACAACUCUUUGAAAAUGGAAUACCCAGAUCUAAUGGUAACAGUAGAAUUUCCUAAAAAGGUUUUACUGGGUAAUUUCGACAAUUCUCUUAUUUCAUCAAGAAGCACUGGAUUUGAGACAAUGUUAAAAUAUGUUAGUUCAAAUAACAACCUGAGAAACUCUAAGUCUCUUCUAGUCUUCUUACAAGAACCAGAACUGACUAAAGCUAAAGAUUUAUUGGAAAGAAAAGAAUUUAAUGAGGCUUUUCCAAUAUUAGAAGCCAACUUUUUGUUACUGAAUAAGGUUUUUACUGACAGAUCACCAGCUGUGCUCAUAUCUUUAUGCAGACUUCUAGGGUGCGGGGUCCAAGCAAAUGGUAUUAUAUGGAGAAAAUGGGCAGAACUAGCUUUGCAUCGUUACGAAGGUGUGAGUGAUAGUGACCUUCUAGCCUUAUAUGUGCCAUUGAUGCAAUUAUGCUUGAAAUACGAAUUAAAUAGGGAAGACUUAGAGAGGAGAUUAUUGGAUUUGAGUAAAACAGGAUUUAUGGUUAGCGAUACAAAUUCAUUAUUGAGUGAAGUUGACAAGGUAGAAAAAAAAAUAUUAAAUUUAACCUGAGUUUAUAGCUGUUAUAAUAUAUUUGAGGUUUAUUAUUAUCAUUACAGUUAUUUACCUUUAUUAUGAAAUUUUAUGUGAUAAAUUUUUGAACUAAUGAAUAUGCAUAUCGAAUUAUAUUUUAUUGUAAAUAAUA